UCCAGAGGAAAGAGCAAGGUGCUCACUGUUAAAUCAGCACUGGGAGAAGGAAGAGGCAGAGAUGGCUGCAACAACUGCUCAGCCCAUGGGGAGCCUGCCCAGUGGACUGGGAAUAUGCACCACUGCACCGGAUAUAUUUUACAUACCUGAACUGGUAUUUGGUGGUUUGGUUUGGAUUCUAGUUGCAUCGACACACGUGGCCCCACCGAACCCUCUGGGGUGGGUGAUGUUCGUCUCUGUUUUCUGCUUCGUCAUGACCUUCCUCUGGAUGAUCAUCUUCGCUGCCGGAGGUCAUAAAAACAGUUCUCCCUGGGCUGCUGCUGAUUUUGCUUACCAUGGCCUGGCAGCGCUCUUUUUUCUAAGUGCAGGGGUGGAUUUGGCUAUCAUCACCAUCGGGGUGAAAGACCUUGACCUUAAAAUCUACAGGACUUACAUUUCUGCUGUGGUGUUCGCCUUCGUGGCCACACUCCUGUACUUCAUCCAUGCCAUUCUCUCAGCCAUCCGAUGGAAAUAUUUCUGAAGAGUGAAUAGCAGAGCUGCAAGAAAGUAAUACACUCCAUCUGCUGUGCACAUCUAUGCCCCUGACUGUCUAUGUGUGUCUUUGUCUGUUGGAUAAUGUAUUUAAGUCACAUUAGAUUGGUCAGAAUUGGUCUUCACUGUAUGUGA